GGUUGGGUGUUGCCUCUCUCUGGUCUGCUGGUCCCAACGCUCCUCAGACCGAACCUGCAAAUUCACUCUGUUGUCCAAAACAUCCCCAAUGGAUCAGCACAAGCUGCGCUCGGCAGGCGUCCAGGAGAAGCUGGAGAUCGUCGGGGUGGAGGACGAGGCCGGCAACCCCAUCAGCGCCCUCACCAUCCUGUCGCUGCUGGAGCGCGUGGCCGGCAUCAUCGACAACGUCCAGUCCUGCCAACAGCGAAUGGAGGAGCGUCAGCUGGAGCUGGAGAACAACAUCAAGACCAUCCAGGGCGACGUCCUGAAGCUGGCCAAAGACCACAGCGACACCAGCGGCACCGUGGAGAAGCUCCUGCAGAAGACCCGCAAGGUGAGCGCCAACGUCAAGGAGGUCCGCACGCGCGUGGAGAAGCAGAACAUCCGAGUCAAGAAGGUGGAAACGACGCAGGACGAGCUGCUGACCCGCAACAAGUUCAGAGUGGUCAUCUACCAGGGUGAGACGGAGGUCCCAUCCGUGGCUGUCACCAAAUCUCCCAAAGGACUUGGACUGGAAGGCCUGGAUAUCGAGCCCGAUGCCUACGACAUCCCCGCGGACCUCUCCUCCGACGAAGAGUACCUGAGAGACGAGGAGCCGGACCCGUCUCGAGCCGCUCGACUCAAGAAGUCCAUGGUGAAGAGCACGGAGACCCUGAAGGCGGCCUUCUCCAAGGAGAACAUGAGCAAAACCAAAGACAACCUGGGCACCAAGUUCCACAGCCUGGGCGAGAAGGUGAUGCCGCCGGAGAGGAGGGAGAAGAUGCAGCAGGCGGGGGAACGGCUGAAGCAGUCCGGCGAGCGGCUGAAGGAGAACAUCGCCAAGAAAGCUCCCACCAAAGAGACCUUCCGCAUCAAGCUGAAGAAAGAGCGGGCCGUCGCCGAGGGCCAGGAGGGCGCGGAGGGGGAGGGGCGAGCCGGCCAAAGGAGGAAACCGGAGAGCGCAGAAACCAAGAGGGAGGGGCCAGUGGAGGAGGCCGGCGCCACCCGGGUGGCAGAAUAACGUCCUGAGAACCAGGAAGUGGACACUGGAGGAACCAGGUCUGAGAUGUGAGAGGAUUGUCUCAAUUAAUAAAUCUAGACAAUUAUUGAUCAAAUCUGUGAAAUGAAAGGUAUUGAUGUGAAGGGUGAGACGUGAUCAGGUUGUAGAACAUGUGAGUCCAGGCGGGUCGGAGAGCCGAUGGAGGAUGACAGGAAGGAUUCUGAAUGUUGACACUAAAUGUACAUAUAAUCCCGUACAAACGUCCAGUUUGAGGAGGUGAAACUGCCUCCAGCGGGUCAGACUGGUUUCUGUCUGAGCUCAGAGACAACAUGUGGCUGGACGCUGAACGCCGCACUCACACCUGAACGCCACACUGGUUACUUUUAUUUAACUCUAGAAAAGUUCAGCAUUCUGACACCAAACUGUUUUAAAACAACAAAAUCAACAUUUCUGCCCGUUUGGCCUGAGAAACGGAGAAAUCUGCCGUUUCAUGGAGAGUUUUUAUAAACAGCGACUGAAGAGCUGCAGCAGGAUGAAAUCUCUCCAACAUGAUUUCAAACCUUUGCUGCUUUUCCUGAUUCACCUGAGAGCAUUUCUGAAGUCGCUGCUUUGAUUGGACUUUCAACUUUCUGCUCUUCAACCAUCAAAGGCUCUGAAUUAAUCCAGUAGAAAUUUGGCUUUUAAAGGAAAUUCAUUAGUUUGUUUAGGAGUGCAUCUUUCUGUGUCAUAUUGUUUUAUUAUUUUUGUAUUGCUGCUCUUCAUUUACUGCAGUAGAGAAAGUUAUUUAGGUUUAUUUAGGUUUAUUUUGGGUCUGAAAUCCAUUUUUUUUACAGUUACUCAGAAAAUCCUAAAUGCUGAAACAGGAAUAAAAACCAAACUGUCAGUUUCUCUCAAUGUUUGUGUAACAAAACCUGAAUCAAACAAUAAAAAACAUUUGUUACGGAAACAGUUUCAUUUUUACUGUCAUCAUUUAUUUGGACAAUGAAAAUUAAAAUAAUGAUAAUUGGUCUGCGUUCAGCUUCACCUGGUAAAGGAAGCUGGUAAUUGGUUGGCUUCCUGUUACAUGUUUUCAUAAUUUUUGAUUUGGUUAUUUAGUUGGGUUUAUGUUGUUUUUUAACAAGUUAAUUGGUUGAUAAGGCUCUUUAAUUGGUUAAUUGGUGUUUUGCCUUGCUGCCCCAUACCAGAGGAUAGUUGGUUAUGGAUUUAUUCAUGUAGUGAUUGAUUGUUUUCAUGGGUUAUUUAAUUUGAUUUAUUUGUUUUGAUUGGUCGGUAGGGUUUGGUUAGUUAGUUAGGAGCUUCUUCAGGUGGUUAACUGGUUUGAAUGGUUGUUCCAUUCAAACUCAUCUCUGUGUCUGACGUUUGAUUUUUAUCCAUUAAAGCAUUUAUUCAUUGUUCUUUCUGCUUUGUCCUCUUCAGCUCAUUCUGUUC